AGGGCGCGGGGCGCGCACCCGCGAUGACCAUCGGCGGCCCCCGCGGCCGGCACCCCCGCCUCCAGAUGCCCUGUCUGCGCAAGAUGGAGAGGAUGAUCGUCAGCAUGCAGGACCCCGACAUGGGCAUCAAGAUGAGGAACCAGCGCUUGCUCAUCACCGUCAUCCCCCACGCCAUGACAGGGAACGACAUCGUGGAGUGGCUCAUCCAGAAGUAUGGCAUCUCCGAGGAGGAGGCGCUGCACCUCGGCAACCUCAUCGUGAAGCACGGCUACAUCUACCCGCUCAGAGACCCCCGCAGCCUGGUGCUGCGGGCGGACGAGUCUCCCUACCGCUUCCAGACCCCCUAUUUCUGGACCAGCACCAAGUGGCCGGCCACGGAGCUGGACUACG